CCAGAGUGAAGUUAAAGCGCGAGGCGAACGCAGCUCUCCGGAGUCUCUCCGCAGACACUCAGACUGAACUUUACAAAGGGACUCUCUAUCAAAACUACUGCAUAUCAACUCCACUCGAGCACACGAAACAUAGCCUAAUUCAUAUCGUUCGGAAAGAAACACGAAUUGUUGGAUAAAUAAACGCAGGACUGACGGAACACGCUCGGUGCGUUUACCUCCAAUGCGCCGCUGAUGCGCUCGAAGCUGAGCCUGCAGAGAGAGACGGACACGACCAGAGAGGAGACACAAGACAGCGUCCCGUCACACACCCCGGCUUGAAGGGGUGAAUGUAGGCAGCAACAUGAAGCUCUGCCUCCCUCUACUGCUGCCCCUCCUCUUCUACCAACACUUGUGGUCCCUGGCAUUGGCCAACUCCUGUCCGAAGGACUGUACCUGCCAAGCCCAAGACUCCAUAUUCUGCUUUAGCCGCAAAGACACUAAAAUGCCCAGCGAAGUACCCACAACGACUAAGAAUCUCUAUGUGUUCAAGAACGGCAUCGAGUCCCUUUCCCAAGAGGACUUUCUUGAGUUGGAAAGCCUAGAGAUGCUGGAUCUAAGCCAGAACAAGUUGAGCGAACUGCCAGAUCAUGUGUUUGAACCCCUGUCCUCUCUCCACAACCUGGACCUGUCGGCAAACCAGAUCGUACACAUAUCCAAGGACAGCUUUGCUGGACUGGAGCAUCUGGAGAGGUUAUAUCUCUACAGCAACCUCAUAGAGAGCAUCCAUCCUGCUGCUUUUGAUGGCCUACAGCAGCUGCUGGAGCUCAAGCUGCAAGGUAACACACUGACAAUAAUGCCUGCUCUGAAAAUGCCCCAUCUGCUUCUGCUAGACUUACGGUUCAACAGCAUCCCAUCGCCAGGGCCAAAUGACCUCCAGACACCCAAGUUGGAGUCACUGAAACUGGGUGGGCUGGGGCUUAGCAGUCUGGACGAGGAGCUCUUGGGAAGCUUCAAGAACCUCCAUGAGCUCGACAUCUCCAACAACCAGUUAACAACUUUUCCAGGGGUACUGCGGGAGGCAAGGGGCUUGGUUUCUCUGAAUUUGGCUGGGAAUCCCAUGGGACCUGUGAAAUGGGAGGACUUUGAGAAACUCUCAGAGCUACAGGAGCUGGAUAUCAGCAAUCUAAGCUUGCAAGGGUUGCCGGAGACCUUAAACCAGCUCUUUCCUCACUUACAAAGACUGACCGUUGCAGAAAACCCUUUCAACUGCCUCUGCAGUCUGGCUUGGUUUCCUAGUUGGCUGCGAAUCAAGCAAAUUCAAUUGGGUAGGACGGAAGAGACACGCUGCCACUUUCCUCCUUUCAAUUCCGGUAAGGUGCUGGAGAGGCUCUCGCACCGAGAAUUCGGAUGUCCGAUUACCACAACUGUUACGACUCGGACAGUAAAGACCACUGUACCUCCUGCCCCGGUCACCAAUUUACCAAGUACCACUCAUGCAGUCCUCCCUGCCAAACCUAGUGAUAACCCCUCUACGGAAUCCGGCAAUGACCCUCCACCUCCCACCUCAAGUUCUACUAUCGACCCUGACCUAAGAUCAACCUUUUGCCCACCCAAUAUCUGCCUAAAUGGAGGAACAUGUUGGCUGGACAACAAAGGACGUUUGGAGUGCAUUUGUCUACCAGGAACAUUGGGGAGAUACUGUGAAAAAGAGGAAAACCCACAAGCCCAUGAGGACCAUACAGAGGACCCUACUGUACCAGAACCUGAAAUAACAGCAACAUUGGUAACUAGCUCCUCAAUACUCUUAGACCUUCACCGGUACAUUGAUAUGCGCCCCCACAUCCGUGGCGUAAAGUUAACUUACAAGAACCUUUCUGGUCUGGAUAAACGUGCCAAGCAACUCAACAUUCCGCCUAGUUACCCGGAAUACACAAUCCGUGGACUUCAGCAAAACUCUACGUAUUCUGUAUGUGCCAGUCCGUUGGAUGAACCUGGGGAUGUGGACAGAUUAUGCAUAGAAACCCAGACAAUCAGUCAGCAGCUAACUCCCACUGGAGCACAACUGGGGGAUCCGAAGCUCACUACGAUGCUCAUCCCUGCAGUCGCCAUCCUCCUUCUGCUAGUCCUAGUAGCCGUGGCUGUUGGGGUAGCUUGCUACAUGCACAAAAAGAAAUCAAAGGGACACCUGGACUUAGAAUGUGAUCCGUCACAGCUGGAGCUGGAGGGUCUGGAAAAUGGGGAACUACCCCAAAAGCAAGAGAUUAUCUCCUGUCCGUCAACAACACAGAAAGGUGGCUUGGACUACGAGGUGCCCCUCAUGCAGGAUCACUGUACUGCGAACAACAACAAGAACAGUUUGAAACCCUCAUAUUUCUGAUAAUUGCAAAAGGUUUGUGACUUACUUGCAUGCUAAAGCAUGAACAAUACUGCCUUACAAGGUACCACCAUGGACAGUGAGAUCAGCCACCAGGUUCUUUGUAAAGAGACGGUGGCAUUUAGGUGAUUCCUGGUGCAUAUCCUAUAAGGGCAUUUCUGUCAAAAUGACAUCCUCCUAAGUGCCUUUUAUCAUAUGAAAGACUUUACAUGCCAAACUUUCAACCACAGAUUUUGGUGCAUUUUAAAAUGGCUGCCAAUUUUACAAAGGACAUAUGGCUAACUGAAAAAAAAAAAUGUAGAUUAAAUUUUGAUGUGUAGCACCUGUGUGCAACUCUUAGGAGCUGCACUAACUGUGAACCGUAAACCCUACAUGUGAGUGGGUAAUUGAAGAUUAUGGACUUAAGUUACGAGGCUGACUCUUAUGAUGCUUUGUCUAACUGAUACGCAUUGUUUCUUUGUUUUAUAUUUGUACCCUUUUUGUAAAUGUUUUUGUUCAAAUAUGUGACUGUUACCAGGCGGCUGCUCUUCCCCCAUAUCUCGUGACUUAAAAAGCAGACAAAACACAAGAUUAAAAAUUUUGGAGAUUAAAAUUUACUUGUACCACCAAGUGAAUCAAAGGCUUUAGUUUGGAAAUGUCAGACAGUCUAAGCAGUUGAAAGUCUGUCCAGACUUGAAACUAAAUCUCUCCUCUAAGUUGCAGCCACUAUCCCCCUUUGCCCUCAGAAAAAGAGACUAAACUAAGGUUGAACAGGAAGAUGGCUGAUUCAAAAGCAGAUUUAUACACAGUAUGCUCUGUUGCAAACACAAAUUAGGCUCGAAAUAUAUCAUUGAAAGCUACAAACCAGUGGGAUCUUUUAAAUUAUUUAUUUAUGUACUGAAAAAGGGGGUGUUUCCUAGACCAUUCUGCAAAAUUAGAUUUUGCAGUAUUUACAUUACUUGACAGAUAUUUCCAGUCACUUGCAGUCAACACCAUUUUGCCUUAAGACAGGUUUACGUGUUCAAAAACACUAAAGCGUGUGUUUGGAUAGCUUUUAAUAUUAGCAGUCUACCAUAUUUAAACCAGUGUAAAAACACACACUCCAACUCCCAGCUAUCCAGAAUUUACCAUUCACUUGCAAGAUAUAAUGAAAGAGCAUAAAACAACCUAAUAACAAUCCAGUCAGUGAUUGAUGACUCUGUUAAAUUUAAGAAAUGUAAGAAUCUUUAAGUUUACCCAAAACUGCCAAACUCAGAAGAGACAGUGGGAAGCUGUGCUGAUUUACCUCUGUGAGGAAAUGUGUUACUAUUUUAGCACUUGUUCUACAACCUGUCAAAUGGUGUUUCCAAAAAAAAAAAAAAAAGUUAAAAAAAUAAAUUGUUUUAGUGCAUCUGAAACCUUCUGCUUAAAAGGAGGAUUUGCAAUUGAAAAUAUUUUGUUGUUGUUGUUGGAAUAUCCAAACUGGAGAAAAAAAAAAAAAAAAAAUCUCAGCAGUAUGAAGCAUUGAAAAUAUUUGUGAAUAUUUUUGAUAAGAUCUGCCUUUAAUUUUCCCUGUUUAAUUUGGGAAGCUCUUUUUAUACUUUUUUUUUUUUGUCUACAUGGAGACGUGUGUAUAUGUAUGAUAUGUAUUUUCAAAAAGCUGCAAAGAAAAUAAAAAAAUAAUAAUUAAACUACAGUUUCAUAUCCUUUUUUCUCGCUCAAGCUAGCUGGUCUGAUUAACAGCAGAGUCAAUUAGAUUAACUGACGUUGAAGGCAUUUAAUUUGUUUUUGGUAAAAAGAUUUAAUAGACAAAAACAAAUGUUUUUUUCUCUCUCCAGAGGAGUUUGCACACAGAAAGAGAGCACCAGCAUCCUCAACACCAUCUGCAAGCACGCCACCCAAAGCAAACUUUUAUGAGGAAUUUUAGAAUUUGAGUGCCAGGGAAAGGUAAUAGAUUUUCCCUUUAUGGAGAAAGCUUGAGGUAAACAAUUUUAUUAAAAACAAAUGAUCGCCAAAACCAAUAGGUGCCGUUUGGCCUCCAUUUACGUCACUGGACUGAAGCUAAUGAGCAUUGUUUGUUAAUACGCAAAUCCUUAGACUGACCACCCACCUGUUUUACAGGUACAUUUGGAUGGGUUUGCAACAAACGCUCGCACCGCCUCCAAAGUCUGCUUUUCUGCAAGCAUCCAGCUGCAAUCUGUUGUAUAUUAAACCCGUUUAACAACACAAACACAUAAAACAGCCCACCGCUGUCCAGAACUAAUAGCAUUUCCAUUUGUAAUGAGCGCAAUCAUGUCAAACAAUUAAAAACAACAAAAACUCUCACACAGCGAGAGAACAACAGCCAGGGCAUCAGAUGGAGGCAAAUUUGGCCAGAAAGCAUACAAGCACACGUCAGUCACGGGAGAAACAGGCAGGCGUGUGUGUGUGUGUGUGUGUGUGUGUGCGUCUGCUUUCCAGCUUUUCAAUAAAAGGCCUCCUUUAUUCUGUGAUUUUAAGAGAGCUGGUCCUCUGGCCGCGCUCCAAAGCCAGACUCAAACUGAGCGGCUCAAAGGGCCUAUUGUAGACACCCGAGCUGACUUUUUCAAAUUAUCUUCCAAAAAUUCCACAGAAAAUUACUGCUGAGUAAAUAUUGUUCUGCUCCUUUUUUUUUUUUUUUUUUAAGUCAAGCUGCAGAGGUUUCGUUUCCAAACUCAGUUCUUGAGUGAUGACGCCAGGCCUUAACACAGGGCUGUGUGUCUUAUGAAAAGACACAUUUUUGUCCUGGUUUAUGCCUCAUUCUUGCCAUAGAUGCUUUAAUGUUACAGCAAACCUACAGGUACAAACAUGAGCAUGAACCUCAGUCAGAUAGAUGGGAUACAGUUAUAUUGAUAUUCUGGCCGUAUAUAAGCAAUAAGCCCAACAUUAUUUUUUAUCCUGUAACCACAAAAAUACUGUAGCCUAUAUAUUACUUAGGAGAAAAUUUAAAAAAGCAAUAAAAACUCAAAUGAAAAGAUUGCAUGCCACCUUAAGAAUGUAGACAUGAUUACAUUAUAAUGUGCAUUAGGACAGAUAAAUAUAGCUUUUAAAAUUUGCUUUAAAAAAGACUUAAACUGAAUUAUGAAAAAUAAGUUUAGUAAAGGAAUGAUCUAACCUGCUAACCAUCUAACUGUUUUGGGAUGCAACAGAAAAUUGUAAAAUAGGCAGGAAAAAUUAAAUAUUGGAAUAAAUAAAAAACAGAUAACAAUAUGUGACCCUGGACCACAAAACCAGUCUUAAGUGUAAAUUUUUUCGAAAUUGAGAUUUAUACAUCAUCUGAAAUCUGAAAAAUAAGCUUUCCAUUGAUGUAUGGUUUGUUAUGAUCGGACAAUAUUUGGCCGAGAUACAACUAUUUGAAAAUCUGGAAUCUGGAGGAUGCAAAAAAAUCUAAAUAUUGAGAAAAUCGCCUUUAAAGUUGUCCAAAUGAAGUUCUUAGCAAUGCAUAUUACUAAUCAAAAAUUAAGCUAAGUUUUGAUACAUUUACGGUAAGAAAUUUACAAAAUAUCUUCAUGGAA